GUCAUUUUGCGUCUAUCUGGGUGACAUCUGCGCGGCUCGGUGUCUCUUGGCCCCCUCCAUUUCUGCGGUCCUUCCCUCUUUUUUUCCCCUCCUUUCCCCUCUCGAGUCUUCUUCGGGCUUUCUGCCCCUUGAUCGCCUGGGCUUGCUGCUCCGUCACCUGCUGCCGUCUUCGGGAGGAAAGAUGAAUGGGAGGGCUGAUUUUCGAGAGCCGAAUGCAGAAGUUCCAAGACCAAUUCCUCACAUAGGGGCUGAUUACAUUCCAACAGAGGAAGAAAGAAGAGUCUUCGCAGAAUGCAAUGAUGAAAGCUUUUGGUUCAGAUCUGUGCCUUUGGCUGCAACAAGUAUGUUGAUUACUCAAGGACUAAUUAGUAAAGGAAUACUUUCAAGUCAUCCCAAAUACGGUUCCAUCCCUAAACUUAUAUUCGCUUGUAUCAUGGGAUACUUUGCUGGAAAGCUUUCUUACGUGAAAACUUGCCAGGAGAAGUUCAAGAAUCUUGAAAAUUCCCCUCUUGGAGAAGCUUUGCGGUCAGGACAAGCACGACGAUCUCUACCAGCGGGGCAUUAUUCUCAAAAGUCAAAAUAUGACUCAAGUGUGAGUGGUCAGUCAUCUUUUGUGACAUCCCCAGCGGCAGACAACAUAGAGAAAGAAAUGCUUCCUCAUUAUGAGCCAAUUCCAUUCAGUGCUUCUGUGAAUGAUUCUACUCUCACUGGUAUUACUGAUCAUGUUGCCCAAGGACCUGAUCCCAACCUUGAAGAAAGUCCUAAAAGAAAAGGUAUUACAUAUGAGGAAUUAAGGAAUAAGAACAGAGAGUCAUAUGAAGUAACUUUAACACAAAAGACUGACCCCUCAGUCAGGCCUAUGCAGGAAAGAGUGCCCAAAAAAGAAGUCAAAGUAAACAAAUAUGGAGAUACUUGGGAUGAGUGAAAAAUUACAUCUUUGGACCUACUGAAGGAGUUUCACGCCCAGCUUCAUCUAGGUGGUCAUGAUACCUGCAUGCUUUGCGCUCAGCAGCAGUCUGCAUAAACAUAUAUAAAUGAGAUCUUGGGUUUUGUGGUUUGACUUAUUAUGAUGUUUCUAAAAACACAGAUUUAGUGUUAAUAUUGUAUAAACAUACUUACCUUGGGAGCUAUCUGAAUGAUGGUAUUAUGCCUUGAUUGUACAGUUUGUGAAAUCGUUUCAAGUUACAACUCAAAUACUCUUAUAAAACUAUUGAGAUUUAAUGUUCUUCAAUCAGCAUAUGUGAAAAUAAAUAAUAUCUGCAUGUUGAAUUGGGAUGGGUGUGGGGAAACAAACAUAAUUUUAAGUGUUAAGCUUUACAUCAAAAAUUGUGUAAAAGCCUUGCUUCAAUUUUUGCUGUUUUAUUUUAAUGUUUAUGGCAAAUAAAAUGUAAAGGAACA